AGUAAUCAGAUGAGGAUAGAACGAGGUCACACGACAGCAGGGUAAAGUCGGCCCGCAUAAUGGUGAAGAUUUGGACUGGGUUGAGACUAAACUGACCCUAGAUCUGUGCACACUGCAACCCAAUAGAGCCGAUAACAGGUGCGCAGUUUAUAAAUUACACGCCACUUUCACUUGCACUGGCGAGCGAUUUGUCCUGGUGAUAUUGGGACCAUCUUCGUUAACGCAAAUCUGCAAUUUUGCUGAUUCACUUCAGAGGAAAUCAACAUGGGACGGUUACAUUUUUUCGUCCUCUGGUCGUUAAACGAUGCACCCCGUCAGUUUAUCAGCAAAUCCAAUCGCCAGUGCCACCAGGUCCAUGUUCCAUUGCCACUGCCCAAACAACUUGUUGUAUUCAGUCUUGGGGAAUGGCGGUUCUUAUCUAGCGAGACAACCAUUUCAGUUGAUGUUCUGGUUAGCCAGGACGUGAAACCGCAGAGGAUUGGUACAUUGUCAGACCAAACAAGGUGCUUGACUUGGGAGGGAGAUUGGAAUGCUGACCUUGUCCAAGAGGCAACAGAGAAAGGGAGGAGAGGAGUAUAUGGGAAGGUUUUGCUCACUGUUUGUGGAGAGAAUGAAGCCAGUUUCAACAGCAAUACUCCAUGUGUGCCAAGAAAACAUUCCAGCCCAGUUGAGCACAACAGCAAUCUCUCCCAUACUCUGCUCAACACCUCUGGGAGUCAGAGGAUUACAACCCCCAACUCCUCACAUCUAGGAGACAGCAUUUGCUAUGCCGAACUCAAAGCUAACAAGACAGAAAUCGAUGAUUCCACUUUAUCUGAGAAACCCUGUAUUUCGCUUACGGAUAAGACCCCCAGACGGACGGUGAUUGGGAAGAGGGGUCGCAUCGCGUGGAGCCCUGAAAUGAUUCCUCAGGAGGAUACUGGUCGAGCAUCUAGCCCCAAAAAAAUCAAGUUAUCUAGAGGGAACAGUGUUGAGAAGACUGGAAUGAAGAAGACCAACUACAGAGCAGUUUGCCCAUCAAAGCGCUGGAGCCACACCAUGUGUCUGAGUGAUCCUGAGACGGCCAUUGUCAUUGGAGGAGAAGCUUCUGACCAGACUCACUGCGAGGACUCCCUAUGGAAACUGGAGAUAGACAACGAUUUUUGGUUCCCAAUGAACUCCACCACCUCUGGACCUGUCCCCCCAUGUGCCCAUGGCCACUCUGCGACCUAUGACCCUGAUUCCAAGGUCGUCUACGUGUACGGUGGCCUGAGGGAGGGCCAGCGCUACAGCGACCUCUAUAUCCUCAACACUCUAACCUGGAAGUGGAAGCUUGUCACAGCAAGAGGUGAUAUCCCCAUGUUGGCCUACCACUCUGCAACUAUCUAUAAGAAAGAGCUCUUUGUUUUUGGGGGGGUUCACCCAAGCUGCUGUCCUGGAGUCAAGGCCUGCAGUAAUGCUCUGUACAUUUUUAACCCAGAGUUUGAGCUCUGGUACCAACCCAUUGUCGAGGGGGACCGACCUCUACCUAGGUUUGGGCACACAACCACGCUUUUGUCCAACCAGUUGCUCAUUUUUGGUGGCAGGAAGACUGCAACCUACCUAAACGACCUCCACAUUUUGGAUCUCGGCUUCAUGGAGUACACAGCUGUGAAAUAUGAGAACAUGCCACCGCUGCCUCGAGGAUAUCAUGCAGCACUGCCAGUAUCAGACAACAGGAUGCUGGUCAGUGGCGGUUGCAGUGCUGUUGGAGCCCUGCAGGACGUUCAUAUCUUCAACACGGACACCAGUAUGUGGCAUUCAGUGGUCUCCCCUCUGCUCUGUGCCAGGCCUUGUGCUGGACACAGUGUGAUUAAUCUGGGAGGCUCUGUCAUCUCAGAUGCUGAUAAACAGAAGCAGGGAGAGUAUGCCAACAUCCACUGCACCCUCUUGGUGUUUGGGGGCUCCGACUGCGCUGGGACCUUCUACAAUAACACAAUGAAGUGCACAGUGGAGAUCCCUGUAGAAUAAGAGACUGGAUCUUAGGGGGAGACGAUAACGACCUUAUUGGGGAAAUAAUGAAAAUAAAUUGACUUUUUAUCCAUGUAUCUGGUUUACACAUUCUAAAUAAUAUGAAUGUGCCAUGGGCGGAACUCGUACAAGGACUUUUGAGUCCUUGGUAUUUUCUGUUCUGCGUAAAGGCUCUGUUACGUUUGGCUUAGAUUUCAUCAAGUCUUCAGUUAGUUUUAUUGUGGCUGCUUUAGGCCCCUUUGUUUGAUCUGUGCUGUAGUCUUAUCUGAUCAGCUUUUUUUCCUGGGGGGGGCUGAUUGUCAGUUAUGGUGCAAGUGAUGCCUUUUUAUCCCAUUGUGGUGUUUCACAUUAUGGGUCGUGGCCCAUUUGUUUUAAGUGGCAUUUUUCCCAUUGAGAAGAUGGUAUACACAUCAGAUCUGACAAGCAAUCUCUUCUGUUUUUUAGAUAUUUUCUCAUCAAUGUGUGUGUUAUCACAUGGUAGAGCUGAAAUCAAUUUUCUGUUUUAUUUGAAUUUAAGUAAGUUGAACUUCAGCUUUUUUACAAAACCGAUUAUUUAACAAAGUGCAGCCACUUUCACUUUCCAUAAACUUCUACAGUAACAUGUAACGGGCUAGUAUGGUACUUGGGAAUUUGUACAGUAAAUGUUUUUUUAUUGAUUUAAUACAUCACUAUUUGUUCAUGUUUUUACAUUUUGUAUUGCUUCCCUUAACAAAUCCACUUUGGUCAGCAUUGGCAUAUUUUGUGUAGAUGGGUGAUUAUGAAUAUUAAAAUAACGAAACUU